AUGCCUCCAAUUUCCAAUGCCAGUAACACCGAUAGAUCGAUCCAUGUUGUGCAGCCCAAGCUCAGGUUCUGGCGAAGGACAAAUCCCUAUGUCCAGAACCUUUUGAUAACCGGCUGCCUCGCAAUGUUACCAGGGCUUUACCUGGCCAUACUUGGCCUCGGAGCUGGUGGCGGCAAGGCGACGUCUAUUCAAAUGGCUAACCUAUCCAACGCCUGCCUCUACGCCGUUUAUGCUGUCACUGGCAUUCUCGGAGGAACAAUCGUGACAGUCUUUGGACCUCGGCUUACAGUGGCGUUCGCUUGUCUGGGCUAUCCUUUAUUUAUUGGCUCCCUUUGGUACUUUGACCUAACUGGGCGUAUUUGGUUUCCAAUCUUCGCUGGCGCCUUUGUGGGAUUCUGUGGAGCUUGCCUCUGGACUACAGCCGGCUUCAUGGCAAACGCGUACGCAGAAGAGUCUGAAAAAGGUGCUUACAGGGCAAUUCAGUGGACGGGAAAUGCACUAGGCGCUACAGUGGGUGCCGUCAUCGCGCUAGGAAUCAACUAUGGCGCUUCUACACCCUCGACCCCUGCUGCCGUCUAUAUCGUUUUCAUCGUCUUGCAGAUUCUCACCUUGUUACUCGCCGCAAUGAUGGUCUCUCCAGAACGUCUACGACGGCAAGAUGGUACCACUGUAGCCGAAUUCAAAGCGAGCUCAUUCAAGGAUUCUUUAAGGGCCAUGGUAUCAAUGUUCAAAGAUUGGCGGAUGCUUCUCCUGCUCCCGGCAUUCUUCACGCCGGAGGCGUUUAUUGUGUUGCAGAGCUCUCUCAAUGCCUACGCUUUUAACCUGAGAACUCGGAGCCUUAACAACUUUCUGAACUAUAUUUUUCAGAUUCCCAGUGCGCUUUUCGUCGGCUACUUCAUCCUGGACAACAAUCGCCUGGGGUCGCGUCGCAGGCGCGGAUUGCUGGCGAUUGGGUUCAAUUCAACCUUGAUACUGGGAACUUAUGUCGCACUUACGAUUUGGCUCCAUAGCUGGAAUUUCAACAGGAACAUAGAAGGGCCAAUGAUUGACCUCAAGGACGCGGCAUAUCCUGGCGCCGUCGUAAUCUACAUCUUGUACGGCGCUCAAUAUGGCAUCUUUCAGAAUACGGUAUUGUGGCUCGUCGGAUCACUCAGCAACCAACCUGGCGCCAUGGCACACAUGGGAGGAAUAUUCGUGGGCAUUCUUUCCGCUGGCACGGCCGUCUCCUUUGGCAUCGACGCCGCGGGCACAGACUAUCAGGUGGAAAAUGCCAUUUGGUUUGCUUUGAACUGCGUCUGCUGGCCAAUCAUGGCUUUUGUCACCUGGAAAUAUGUCACCAAGACGAACUACUCUCUGGAGGAUGGGGUCACUGUGCCCACGCAUGCUCUGCAAGACCAUCACAGUUCAGAUCACGAAGUCGAGAAAGCCACCAUUGUUUCAUCGGCCGAUGCGGAGAAGCACUAA